GUCAAUUAAAUGUCAUUUUCAUCUCCAGAAAUUUAACUAUCUCAAGAAAUUUUAAUCUAAAAAAGUUACACGUAAGAUAAAUAAAUAUCAAAAUAAAAUUAUGGAUGUUAAUAUGAUGGAGCCAACAUUAAAUAUAAUAAAAGGAAUGUGCAUUAUGGAUAAUGAUGGUAAUAGAAUUUUGGCAAAAUACUAUGAUAAGAAUGUUUUGCCAACUGUUAAAGAACAAAAAGCAUUCGAAAAGAAUUUAUUUAAUAAAACACACCGAUCAAAUACAGAAAUAAUAAUGUUAGAUGGUUUAACAUGUGUCUAUAAAAGUAAUGUGGAUUUAUUUUUCUACGUAAUGGGAAAUGCAUAUGAGAAUGAAUUAAUUUUAAUGUCGGUAUUAAAUUGUCUUUUUGAUUCAAUUUGUCUUAUAUUAAAGAAAAAUGUUGAGAAGAGAACAGUAAUGGAAAAUUUAGAAAUAAUAAUGUUGACUUUUGAUGAAAUUUGUGAUGGAGGAAUCAUUUUGAAUGCUGAUCCAUCAUCAGUAAUUAAACGUGUUGAUUUAAGAAACGAUGACAUUCCAAUUGGAGAGCAAACUGUAGCUCAGGUUUUACAAUCGGCGAGGGAACAGCUGAAAUGGUCUUUACUUAAAUAAAUAUUUUAAAUGUUCUAGUUAAGAAACAAAUAAUACAAAAUAAAAUAUAUUAAUAUUGGAAAAUUCUAAUAAAAAUUAAAAUAAUAUUUUAAAUUGAAAUAAAAUUGUAAUGCAUUUAAAAAAAAAAAAAAACAAAUGUUAAAAAUAA